AUGAGGCUGCUCGCAGUUUUGCUAAUAUCAGCGGUGUCCCCUCACUGUGAGGGAUCAUGGUCUAUCAACUCGAACUGGGCCACCAGGACGCGCUCCACCCCAAAGCCGAAAAGACAACGUGACACCUACGACCUAUAUUAUUACAGACCUCCACCAACGUCGUCCUCCCUUUACUACGGCGGCUAUUGCCAAUGCUCACCAGGAAGGGCUGGGCCUCCUGGGCCUCCUGGUCCUCCUGGUACUCCUGGGCCUCCAGGCCCACCUGGUGUGGAAGGCUAUCCUGGUGAAAAGGGACAGCGCGGAGACAGUGGGAAACGUGGAAAAAAAGGAAACCGAGGAAAUCCAGGACCAAUUGGACCACCUGGUCCGCAAGGAAAGACAGAAAAGUCUUCAACACGUCUAAAAAAGAAUCACCCAACCAAACGGCAAAAGCCAUCGUCUCCAGUUUGGGCCAGCCCAGCUAAAACUGAAACAACAAGUGGAAGUUUCAGUAGUGACAUCCGUCUGCCGACACGUACACAUUGGUCUCAGACCCAUGAGAAUGCCAUUUCCAGUCAUAAGAACAUUCGCAAAUCGAACCGACAUAAGACACCGCGACCUAUGAUCUCCCAUUUGGAUGCAAUGAAAAUUCCGAGUGUUAGUCAUAGAUACGAGAAUCGACCACCUUCAGUGCUGUGGACUAAGAAACACAAAAAACACAACCACAAUCAGCCUACUAUUAAAAGCCCACCUGGAGUCGUCCAUUCAAAUAAGAAGAAAAUCAGCCACAAGAACACGGUGUCUUCGAACUCUUCAAGCAGUAAGAUCAUACAAAAUCAUACAGAGACCGUAAACGCCAUAAAUGAAAGUCAUGGCCAAUCAGGAAGCAAGUACACUGACUCUGGGACUAUCACGACUUCCAGUCCGCCAUCUAUAAUUAAUAGUCUCAACCAGGAUAUCAGACAAGGAGAUUCUACCAACCAGCAGUCGACGCACAACAUGGAAAAUUCAAUUACAGAUGUAAGCGACACACAAACUGUCUUGUCUAUAAACCUUCCAAGCAAAAAGGUGCCUAUAGAGCAAUAUAACAGGGGAGAGAUAAGCAAGCAGCCACAAUUAGAGUCGUUCCUUAUGGAUAAUGCUGGAAAAAGCGAUAUCUAUGAAUUUCAAGAGACUACCCACCCCAAGGACAUAGCGGAGGACAUCGUACAGAAUUCAGAGACUACUAUGGCUACCACGCAAAUUCCACUUGAACAAAUAACUCUACUUCCCAAUAUUUCUACCGAAAACGAAGAAAACUACGUGCCGAUUCUACUUACAACCAAUACUGAAAGGACACCAAUCGAAAUCGAUACUCUUACAACGCAGUCAGCAGAUGUAACCGACGGUACUUCCGUACCUGAGCUUUCCACUGAUACUCUUUAUAGCUUAGAUGACACAGUGCGGAUCACAACAGAGACAACAGAGACAACAGGCGACGAGGAGAUCAUUUCCACGCAGACAGAAAUGUCAGAAGCAGCGAUCACAACAGAGGGCUUUGCAGAUGGAGUGGAUAAUCCCAGCACUUCAUCAUUGGAGCCUACAUUGAUCCCUGAUAAUGCAGAAUCAACGACACCUAUUGCGUCCAAGGAGGCAACAGAAAAUAUAACCGAAGCGGAGAAUCAGAGAUCGGGGUCAGAACUGACAGUGUCUCCCGAGACGGAAAUGCAGAAACAAAUUAAUGCAGAUGAGCAUGGGCCUGCUGAUCUGGAAAGAAAAAUGGAUGGUUGA